AUGGAAUUUGAGCCACUGGGAAUUGGAAGUGAUGUGAUUGAAUUUGAUACGAUGCGGUUAGGGGAUGGAGCUGUUAAUGUCGAAGAUGAUGAAAAUAAGAUGUUUGUUGACACUCAGUACGAGUAUGGAGGUAGAACCAUGGAUAGUGGUUAUGGUGGUGGAGAGAUUUUUGUUUCUGGGGGGGAUACAGGUCUUGAACCGUAUGAGGGGAUGGAGUUUGAAUCUGAGGAAGCUGCUAAGGCCUUUUACAACUCGUAUGCUCGUAGGAUAGGGUUUAGUACUCGUGUAAGCAUGUCCAGGAGGUCGAGGCGUGAUGGAGCCAUCACACAGAGAUCGUUUGUUUGUGCUAAGGAAGGAUUCCGUGCUGAUAAGGAAAAGUCCAGUUGUGAAAAUGGUGGUGGUAGGGUUAAGCGUCCAAGGGUUGAGACUAGAGUGGGGUGUAAAGCUAUGAUGGUGGUUAAGAUUCAAGGCUCUGGGAAGUGGGUUGUUUCAGGUUUUGUAAAGGAUCAUAAUCAUGAGCUUGUGCCUCCUGAUAAAGUACACUGCCUUAGAUCUCAUCGUCAUGUUUCUGGUUCCGCAAAAUCUUUAAUUGAUACGUUACAGCGGGCAGGCAUAGGGCCUAGUGGGAUUAUGUCAGCUUUGAUUAAGGAAUAUGGUGGGAUUACAAAUGUUGGAUUUACGGAGCGUGAUUGUCGGAAUUACAUGAGAAGUAGCAAGCAGAGGACUCUUGGAGGUGACACACAACUUCUCUUGGACUAUCUCAAAAAGAAGCAUUUGGAGGAUCCAUCAUUCUUUUAUGCAGUGCAAGGAGAUGAUGAUCAUUUCAUGAACAAUAUUUUCUGGGCUGACCCUAAGGCAAGAGCUGAUUACACUUAUUUUGGUGACACCGUUACUUUUGAUACCACUUACAGGUCUAAUCGGUAUAGGCUGCCCUUUGCACCCUUUACAGGGGUAAAUAAUCAUGGGCAGCCUGUGUUAUUUGGUUGUGCCCUAUUGGUGAAUGAGUCUGAGUCAUCAUUCUCUUGGCUUUUUAAAACAUGGCUUGCUGCAAUGUCUGAUCGUCCUCCGGUUUCAAUCACCACUGAUCAUGACAGGAUAAUUCGACUGGCUAUUAAACAAGUCUUUCCAUUUUCACGUCACCGGUUCUGCAAAUGGCACAUAUUUAAAGAAUGCCAGGAGAAACUCUGCCGUGUCCUUGCUGAGCAUCCGAGUUUUGAAGGUGAGCUCCAUAAGUGUGUGAAUAUGAGUGAUUCUGUUGAAGAGUUUGAGUCUUGUUGGUCGUCCCUAGUUGAUAGGUACAAUAUUCAUGGACACGAGUGGAUUCAAACAGUUUAUGCUGAACGCGACCAAUGGGUGCCUGUAUAUUUGAGGGACACAUUCUUUGCUGAAAUGUCUAUAACACAGCGUAGCGAUAGUAUGAACUCUUAUUUUGAUGGUUAUGUAAAUGCAUCUACCACUCUACAAUUAUUUGUUAAACAGUAUGAGAAGGCUCUUGAGAGUCGCUAUGAGAAAGAAGUCAAGGCAGAUUAUGAUACCAUUAAUGCAGCUCCGUUACUUAAAACCCCAUCUCCAAUGGAGAAGCAAGCAGCUGAGGUUUAUACCAGAAAGCUGUUUAUCAAGUUCCAAGAAGAGUUAGUGGAAACACUUGCGUUUGUGGCGACGAGACUUGACAGUGAGGAGGCAAUAUCCACAUUCCAGGUUUCCAAGUAUGAAGCAAACCACAAACCUUACUUUGUUAGAUAUAACGCUAGAGUGACGAAAGUAACUUGCAGCUGUCAGAUGUUUGAGUUCUCUGGUCUUCUAUGUACACAUAUAUUGACGGUUCUUAGGGUGACAAAUGUUCUUACUCUACCUUCUCAUUAUGUUUUAAAGCGGUGGACAAGAAAUGCCAAGAGUGGUGUCACAUUGGAUGACCAUUCAAGUAGUUUGUCGAAUGCUACUCCAGAAUCUUUUACAGUUAGAUACAACAAUCUCCGCAAUGAAGCACUUAAGUUUGUAGAUGGAGGUGUGGAGACUGUAGAAAUUUACAAUGUGGCAGUUGAUGCUCUACAAGAGGCUGCAAAUAAAGUUGCUAUUGCAAAAAAGAAUGGUGGGAGUGGGAGAAAUAAUGCAAAGAUUGGUGGCACUAGCAAAGGCGACCCUGCUACCAACAAUACUGACACACAUAAUGCUACUGAAGAUCAUCAGUAUUCGUCCGAUGGACUUCAAUCUGAGGAUGAGCAAGAUAAGAUGAUACAUAAACUAUCACGGCAGCUUGAGCAUACACAACGAAAAUGUGAAGUUUACCGGGGAAACUUGCUUUCUGUUCUCAAGGAUAUUGAACAGCAGAGACUACUUCUGACUGUUAAGGUCCAGAAUAUUAAAUUGGGGCUAAACAGAAGUGGAGUAUAUAUUCCCUCCAUUGUUAUAUAGGUGUUUGAAGUAAAUCAUACAAAUCAGGCAAGUUUCUCUUAUCUUAUGAAGUAUGUAAAUAGUAUACAUAUGGAGACCAUGAUUUCUUGGUUAGUAGUUGUAUUAUAUGAUAUAAGAUAGAGCUGUCCAUAUGA